UACCUCAUUUAAAUAAACACUACUAAAAUAAAAUCUGAUUGGCUGAGAAGGUCACAUGACCGUCGUGUUUUCCCUGCAGCAAAACGUCGUGUUCCACCUCUUCGGAUAUCUCUUGUUUCACUUUCGUUUCCGGUUAAAUGAACAAAACCGAAAAGUUCCGAAUAAAUCCGAUGAUAACAAACAUGGCAAGGUUUCACCAGCCUGUCAGUGAGGAUUACGCAUUAUUAAUGAACGAAAAGGACGCUAUCAACACAAAAAAGCUAAAAAAGUGGCAGUAAAAUGUCUCCGUGACGUUUUGGCAGAAUGCCCUGAUUUGACAACGGAUUUUGAGGAUUUUCUCGUAGAAGACUGAAACAAAGCGUUGAAAUCCUUUUAUGUCGGUGCAAGAAAAACGUCAAGAGAGCUUUUCAAGAAAAGUGCAUUACAGAACAAUCGGUAUGGGUUAAAACGUUUUUUGAAAGAGAAAAGAAACAUCGACAUUGUGAAAGACUCAGAAUUCAAUGAAAGUAACGGAAUAUUUAAAGCAGUUUCUACAGAUUUGAAAAGAAAAGGGCUUUGGGGAAUUGAUCACCACCCUCCCGGCAAUAUCUGAGAAAGAUCUCCAGAAAAUGUACAGCGUCGACACCCCAGUAUUUGAUACCAAUACUUCAGAUGGAUUACAGAGAAAAUUUUGGUUUAAAAUAACUCUGUACCUAUGCAGAAGAGGCAGAGAAAAUUUGAGGUCCAUGACUAAAGACACAUUCAAGAUAGCCAGAGAUGACGUUGGUAGACAGUAUGUGUAUCAGUCCAUUGACGAGUUGGAUAAGAAUCACAGAGCAGAUGCAGCAGGGAGUGUAACAGAUGGGCGAAUAUACGAGUUACCAGGAAACAAGAACUGCCCUGUGUUUUCAUUUCAAAAGUAUUUAUCCAAGUUAAAUCCCAAUAAGAGUGAUCUAUGGCAGAGACCCCGAGAUUCAUUCGACCCUGAUGCGGAUGUAUGGUAUGUAAACGCAUCUGUAGGGAAAAAUUCCUUGGCCAUGGGCGACAUAUAAUGAAAGUUUCCGGCCAUAAGUCUGAGACCUCACUCAAAUCAUACUCCCACUUUAUAAGUGACGGAAAGAAGAGGGAAAUAUCAGAAACCCUUAGUGCAGCCCUCGGACACCAACAUACAACACAGGAAAACGUAAUCCCAGAAACAGUCACGGAAAAUCUUAGUGAUCUAGCCAGUGUUUUUGCAGAGGACUUUGAACUUGAUCCUCUCGAUAAUCUUCAGUCGAAU